AAUGUCUGGAGCUGAUGAUUUCUCGCUGGCAGAUGCUUUACCCGAUCAGUCACCUGCUAAAACCUCCAAAGUGAGCAGCACGAAGCCUGGCCAGCAGCCUAGCCAGCCACCCCAGGGCUGGCCAGCUUCAAAUCCCUGGAAUAACCCGAGCGCUCCUCCUCCUGGGCCCUCCGGACUGCCCCCAAGCACCUCUGCUUCCAGCGUGCCCUUCGGACCGCCGCCAACGGGAAUGUAUCCUUCAAUGCCCCCCGGACCGCCUGCUCCAUUUCCUCCUCCUCCUACUGGACCCUCCUGCCCUCCUCCUGGUGGUCCAUAUCCACCCCCAACUGUGCCAGGCCCUGUCCCACCAGGGCAAUAUCCUCCGCCAAAUAUGCCCUUUCCAGAGCUUCCACGACCUUACGGUGCUCCAACAGAGCCAGCUGCACCUCCGGCUCCCGUCGGGCCGUGGGGAUCCAUGCCCUCUGGAGCAUGGGGACCAACAAUGGGAGGGCAGUAUCCUGCGCCCAGCAUGCCAUAUCCACCCCCAGGGCCAUAUUCCACUCCUACCCAGACUCCAGGGGCUGCGCCGACAGUGCCAUGGGGUACCGUCCCGCCUGGAUCAUGGGGACCUUCGCCACCAGGUCCGUUUCCUCCGCCCACAGGAUCCUAUCCAGCUCCAGGACUAUAUCCUACGCCCCCUAAUCCUUUUCAAGUGCCAUCUGGUCCUGCUGGUGCUCCAUCAAUGCCUGGUGGUCCCCAUUUCUCUGGGCUGCAAAGAUCCUUUGCGUCGUCGUUCCGUCCGCGGCUGGAAGGAGCGAGUCUGCCCGGGGCUCCGCCGGACGCGGUGGCAGGAGACGUCCUCGUCCUCGGCUCCGUGUCGCGCGUGGGGCCACUUGAGCGAGUUGAACUGAGCGGGGUCCGGAGCGUGUCGGCCCGAGCUCUGCCGUGGAGCUGCCCUCUUCUCCCGGGCACUGCACUACGUUUGCAUAUUCUGGCCAUACCUGUGCAAAGAGUACGUCAGGGGCUUGCUGCAAUGCUGGCUUUGCGUCACCAGCACGUAAACCCGGGUAUCAGGGAGGAGUUCUGGAGUUCUCUGUGGGGCCCUGGAUUUGGGCCCCCUCCUCCGCAUGGAGCACCGGCCGUGCCGAUGAGCGUCCCCUUCGACCUGCCGCUGCCGGGCGGCCUCAUGCCGCGGAUGCUCAUCACCAUCACGGGCACCGUGAACCCGAAACCGAACAGGUUCUCCCUGGACUUCAAGAGGGGGCCCGACGUCGCCUUCCACUUCAACCCCCGCUUCCGCGAUGGCAGCAAGAAGGUCAUCGUCCGUAACUCCAAGUUCCACGACACCUGGGGGAAGGAGGAGCGAGACGCGCCGAGAUUCCCCUUCGAGGCUGGAAAGCCCUUCAAGCUCCAGGUGCUCUGCGAGGUGGAUCACUUCAAGGUGGCGGUCAACGACGCUCACUUGCUGCAGUACAACCACCGCGAGAGGAGGCUGAACGAGAUCACCAAGCUCUGCAUUGCCGGGGACAUCACUCUCACCAGCGUCAUGCCCACCAUGAUAUAG